UACGUGUUUCCAUGACUACCACGAAAAGUGUUGUCAUCGUAUUAUUCUCGUUUGACAGUGACAUGUACUAUGGUUAGGAGAACACUGAAAAUUACCGUAACAAAACUAGAACUUAUGACCGCGGAAAAUCCUCAGUGAUGGAACUCAUUUCUUCACCAAAUCCCCAUUUUAUACCGGGCUACACCGGUUUCUGUCCUCAAUACAAGUACCGUCUAGGAGACACUUAUGGUACCACCACGCAUAAGGUACUGUUGGACCCCACUGUGCACCAUGCAGAAAAAUUGGUUCUUUCGGAUAGAACGGGGUGUGACUACCAGACUUUUAGACCAGCGACAAGAGAAAUAGAUAUAGUGAACGAAAGACAUGGAGAUACUAUCUACAAACAUCCUAUGAUUCCAGGAUAUGAAGGAUUUGUGCCGAAAGAACAUGGAAAGUUUGGUCAAAGAUAUACGGUGCAAGCAAUAGAAGCACUUUCUGAGUUCGAAAAAUCCCAAAUGGCUGACAGGGAAGCACAAAAUCAGAUUACGAAAAUUGGAUAUUUGCAGGAUAAUCGAUGGGAUCCAAAAACAUUGGAAGAAAAAGAAUUGGCUCAAAGCCAGUUCAAACUGCCUUUGUUGGAGGUGAGACCCGAAUGUGGGGGGUUUAUGAGAAAUUUACCGGUUGACGAACCUCCUAUUACACCUCCUAGACAAUCUCACAGCCCAUAUUUCUCGGAUAAUAUCGAUCCAGAAAAAUACUUGAAAUCAGGUUUUACUGGCCAUGUGCCUUUCGGCUAUGCCUCUUUCGGUAAAACAAACGAAGCGAUGACGAACAGCGCCCUCUGCGAUUUCACGUCGAACUACAGGAAGAGGCUCAGCAACGAAUGGGCGCCGGUCCAGAUUGACCGUCCUGAUCCGCCUGUUCUGAUCCAGCCGUCAGAGAUCUACCACAAGCACGUCGGGCAAUUGCCCAAUUACGGUGGACACAUUCCGGGGGCCAUCUUCAGAUAUGGCAAAACCUAUGGAAACGAUUCCAGAGAUGCGAAAAGAUGGUUGAGAGGGGAUUUUUCAUCAUGAUAUUAUGGAGAAAUUAAUGUAUCAACUGUUUAUUAAAGUUUUAAAUCAUCCCGUAACUUCGUC